AUGGCGACGGAUGUGCUCCAAAUAUUCUCGUACAUCAUCGCGAACGUCUCGGAUAUCGCGAAUCCCAACGGUCUGUGCACGUUUAGGGCCCUAAAACGGAAUGCCAAAGUUUUCGUGGCGGGACCAAAUUCGGGAUCAAGUGUAACAUAAUUCAAGCAGUUUUUUAAUACUGGCUAAAGGGGAUGGGAUAUGCAAAAUAACAAAUGUCAAAGGUUAUUUACAACUAAGCCUGAGGCAUUUUACGUCCAUUUUCCAAUUUUAAAUUUAUUUUUUUCUUGACUUAUUUACUGGCGGCCAAAUUUUUUAGGUUUUGGUACGAAUGGAUAAGCAUACGACCUUAUAAUUUCAUCAAAUAUAUAUUGGAAAAUAGCGAAGAGGCAAACAAAUUUUUUUGGAAAAAAAUACAACAUGACAUUUUUAUGUAGAAACUUGAAUAAACAUAGUGAAAUAGGCAUAUUUCGUUGUAAAAAAGGUUAUAAAAUGGAUUCAAAAUUGAUUCUGACAUUUAGAAUUCACCUUUCUUGUGUAAAAAACAAAAAGUCGGGACUUGGAGGUAAGGGGGUUUGAACCCCUGACUUCCCGCAUGCAAAGCGGGCGCUCUACCACUGAGCUAUACCCCCACGGUCCGAUUCCUCUUCGUUUUUCAUGGCUAUUGUGGGGAGCGAAAAAGAUAUGGUUGGAUAUAAAUGUAAACGAAAAAGGACAGUAAAUUGGAUAGAAAAUGGCGAAGAGCCUAAUCUUUAUAUUGUACUUGGCACAUAAAAAAUUUUUUAAGUCAUCCAAAAUUUAUAAUUUUGAAAUAUUUAAAAAAUCACAUUUUUUAUUAUCAAAAAAUGGUCAAAAAGUAAAGUAACCGAAGAAAAAAUUAAUUAAAAUCACAUCUAACUAUCCCAGUAACCUUGUUGUGACUGUAAACUUUGAAAAUUAUCAACAACUUCCCAUCUAAUUCCGUUGAUUUUAGCCUAUCGUAUGCAAUGCCAUAGCUGCAUGAGUCCGUAUCUGGAGGAUCAGUUCGUCUACAUAUCGCAUCUGUAUCGUCGCCCGCUGUCUUUUACCGAUAAAUGUGAUCGAACCAACUUUGACUAUCGCCAUGUCAAAAUGAAAAACUGCACGGAUUUGUGUGUAACGCUGCGGAUGAAUGAUAAAGUCGGAGGUGAGUUAGGCCUAAAAAUCUGGACAUCUUCAUGUAGAACGUAUAAUAGAAAUUUUUUCAGCGAAAACUCGAUGUUUCUACCAAUUUUUGGCAAAAUUGUUCUUUCUUUUUUUGAUUUCCUGCAAUUCUUCGAACAUAAAAUGAUUAAAAUAAGCUUAACUUCUUUUAGAACUUGACUAAAAAGCUAUUUAUAUUCAUGCAUUUUUUACCUCAGAUUCUCACUUUACCAAAAAAAUUAUCCAAAACAAAAAUUUUGGAGGUAAGGGGGUUUGAACCCCUGACUUCUCACAUGCGAAGCGAGCGCUCUACCACUGAGCUAUACCCCCACGGCCUCUCUCCGUUUCCUUUUCGCUUUUUGCGAGACCGAAACGCGAAGAGGAAAAGGAAGUGCGCGUUGAUAAAAAGCUCUGCAGUGGAGACAAUUUUAGAUCUAAUUGCGCAAUUUUCGAGAAUUCGGGUAAUUAAUUAAAUGUAAUUUCAACAUUUGGAACAGAAAUACAAAUUUUCAUUGAAUUUUUUUUUAGAAAAUGGCAAUUUCUUGCGAAAAAUAAGCAAAAAAUUGGGAAAUUUUGGAGCCAUCGUUAAUUUGACCGUGUUUUAGGCCGGCGUCGCUACGGAUUUAUGCGCGGCUGUAUGUCGGACAUCAAGUACUACAAUCGGAGUGUGCUCUAUUACGGAGAUGCGGUGCGUCGAAGCAACGAAAAAGCGGUAAACUGCCAAAUGGUCCGUCUGAAGGAUCUUUUCGCCGCGCCCGAUUGGUACGGCUUCGAACCGACAGAUCAUGUGGAACUGUGCACAUGUCACACACCCCUCUGCAACUCGACAUAUUCCCCGACCUUCUCGCCCACGCUUAUGCUGGGCCUUUUGGUCGGUCUUUAUCUGCUUGGAUGGCUGUUUCCCUCGAGGCGAAAAUAG